GUUUCAUUGCUAAAGAGAGGGCUUUUUAUUUUUUUUCCUCCCCUUUUCUCUCUCUCUCCCCCCCUUCUUCUUUUUUUUUAGGAUCCACCGAGAGGAACUUGAAAGGGGGGUUUUGUGUAAUGCACCUUUUCCAAUCCGGGGCUGUAUAUGGAGAUUCUGAAGUCUCUCGACCAGUGCUACUACCGGGAGUUUAUUAAAAAGCUUCCAGACGAGCAGGGAAGCUGGAUUUUUAAGAGCAAGCGGGGAAAUCCGUGCUCCUCCUGGCGCUGGCUUUUCUUUCAGGGGGGAGGAGAGAGCCAGGCUGACCCAUGGACCGGUGAAGGAUCUGUGCUGAUCCCGCAAAGAAAGGAAAAAGAAGACACACACACACACCACACACACAGUCAACACCCCACUUCUCCUGGCUUGGAUCUAAUUUCUGAAAAGCAACAAUUGGAGUGAAGAAGCAUGCCAAAGAAGAGGACCCGCUAGGGAGCUAGUUUUGUGUUGUGCUCUGGAUCCCUCAAGCUGCAAAAGGCACAGCAAAGCAAUCCUUGCCAGCCCCUUAGCUGGGAGGAAAACACAGCCGGAGAAGGAAGAAGAAGAAGAGGAGGAGGAGGAGGAGGAGGAGAGGAGGAUGGUGACGGAGCUGCUCUUGAGGAUGCCGAAGGAGCGCUGCCUCUGCUCCCCACGCCUUUGAGUCUGGGGGCGAGAGGGGGGCCAAGAUCGGCACACAGAUGAUGGAUGGAAGAGACCUUGGGGCCCCCCGCUCUGUGCACGUCCCCCCGCCUCUGCUCUCCGGGCUGGCCAUGGAAAGCCACCACCGGGUUGCGGCUGCUGGAGCGCGCCUCGCACCAACGCUGGCCGCCGGGCUCCCGCCGGCGCCGCUUCCCCCCGGGAAAUACCUCGCCUCGGGCCUCAGCCUCCAUUCCCACCCAGGUUUCUCCCAUCUGCCUAAUGGCCUGUACCCGUCAUACAUUCCCUUGGGCCACCUGGAGCCCCAUAACAGCGGGAGCCCCUUGCUCACUCAGCUGGGCCAGCACAACCUCUUUGAGUCUCCAAAAGAUGGGUUUUACCUCACCAGCCAUGCAGGGCAGCCCGCCUUGCAUCCCCAGGGCACUCCCUCGAGAACCGUGGCCAACCACACGCCAAGCACCCUGCUCCGUGAGAAGGACCUUGGGCACAUGCACAGGAGCUCCAAGGAAGGCAUGAAAGACUUCACCAGCAAGGACCGAGCCUGCCGGAGUGACCUCUCUUUGCCGGUUGCCAAGAGGGACAGCAAGCUCCGUGAGGAACCACGACCUCACAGCGUGGUGGAUCUCACACAGGACACUAAGCCCGACAGCGACAGGAAAGUCAGUGGCCCUGAGAAGGUCGUCAAGGUAGGGGAACGGUUGUCCCCGUUCCUUGCCGAACAUAUGCCAAAUCGGGGGGCCCUUGGCGGAGAACCAAAGUCCAAGAACCCGCUGCAGACAUCGUCACUUAACAAUUGCAAUGGCGGAGGAGACCCCUUAUCAAAAACGCCGGGCUCCGAGCAAGACCGCUGUGCCAAGGACCCCAGCAGGCACGACGAGAACAUGAGGCCUUCUCCUCACGCGCACCCAGACAGGCUGAAAAGAGGUGAUCCGGUGAUGGGCUCAGUGGCUGCUUUGCAUGUUGCCUGCAGUUGUCCCUCCCCACACCCGGCCCAGCCAGGGAAGCUCACACCGUCCUCAGUAUUCCCCCCCCAGCCUGUCCAUUCCAACAUGUACACCAUCUUUCCUCUGACCAAGGAGCCUGGGAGGGAACAUAAAGUCAUCGCCCCCACCUUCGUGCCUUCUGUCGAGGCCUACGAUGAGAGGAAUGGACCCAUCCAGAUCGCCUCGCAGGCCCGGGAUAACAGCAAAGCAAAAGAGAGAGAAGUCGUCACUGCUGCCAGAGUGGGUGUCUUGCAAGCGUUGCCGGAGAGGUGUCUGGGCGAUGCCUCUCGCAACCUCUUGUCCCAAGACUUCCCCAGCCACAGCGAUGCCAAAAGGAUGGAAGUUCUGCGAGAAAAGGGCUCCGUGAUAAGGGCCAACUCCAUGGUGCUGAAGAAACAGGGUACUUCAGAAACCUCCUUGAGCAGGCCGAAGCUGAGCUCUCCAGAAAGCAGGGAGUUUCUCACCUCAAAAGACUUACUCAAAUCGGGCCCAGAGGCAGAACACCGCUCCUGUGAGUGGGACCGGUUUCAGAGAUCUGGCUGCAAAGAAGCAGCGAAGAUAUAUGGCACUUUGGACUCCACUUCCUCCUCCUCUUCUUCCUCCUCCUCUUCUUCCUCCACCUCCUCGCGGCAGCAUCUCGACCAUGGUCAGCUGAAGCCCCCUGAACAGAAAUGGAAACCUUUUGAAAUGGGCAAUUUUGCCACCACUCAGAUGGCUGUCCUGGCCGCCCAGCACAACCACGCCAACCGGGUGGAAGAGGAAGCCAAGAAGGUGUACCUCAACUCCAGCGGCCUGCAGAGGUCCUCGGUGGUGGGGCCCCGGAAUGCUACCGAAGGGCUCCACCCCACCUCUCACGGGGAAGGGUCCGCCAUGCAAAGCCUCAUCAAGUACAGCGGCAGCUUUGCCAAGGAGAACUCAGCCCGCCAGGGCAGCGGCAAGAAGAGCCCCUUUGGAGGUCUGGGCAACAUGAAGCUCGAUGCGUCCCAGCAGGGCUCUUCCAAGAUCCAGCAGCUGUUGCCCCACCAGACCAGCAAGCAGCUGAAGAAAGAGCCCGAGCGGCCGGAGAGCGCCAAGUCCUUUGGACGCGAGAGCAUCGGGUCUCAGGGAGAGGUGGAGGUGAGGCAUCUCCCAGUGGGCAUUGCCGUGGCUGUUGCCCGGCAAAAGGACAAUAGCAGCAGCAACAAGAUGGGGCCGAGCCUGGUGGACCGUGACCGCUCGCUCUCCCUGAGCAACGUCAAAGGGCAUGGGCGCUCAGAUGAGGACUGUGGGGAAGACCGACCACGCCAUAGGGACAGCCACCUCCUGGCAAGUCGUCUGGAACGAGAUCAGGAGAAGCUCCUCCGAGAAAGCAAAGAGCUGGCUGAUUUUGCUCGGAUACAUCCCACCGGGUGUGCCACAAAUGGCUUGAACUCCAACCUCAUGGUGACAGGUGGGCCGCCUCUGACUGGCUCAGGGAGAUGGUCAACCGACCCAGCAUCACACCUGGCAACUAAUCCAUGGUUACCCAGGACCGGCAGCUCUUCAAUGUGGCUAGCAGGCCAUCCUUAUGGACUUGGCCACCCUUCUUUGCACCAAGGCAUGACUCCCGGCUUCCCCCCUAGCAUGGGGGGAGCACUCCCUUCCACCUACCAGUUUGCCAGGGAUCCUCAGUCCGGCCAAAUUGUCGUGAUUCCCAGCGAGCACCUGCCCCACUUUGCGGAGCUGAUGGACCGUGCACCGCCUCUUUGGCCUGCGAUGUAUCCUCCGACCCGGAACUCCCUGCAGCACGCUCACCAGCUCCAGCUCCUGUCCCACCAGCAGCUGCUCCGCCAGCAUGAGCUGUACAUCCUGCAACAGCAAGCUGCACAUGCGAUGGAGUUGCACAGGAAUGCACAGUUGGUGGAGAGGCUGAAGGCCAGCGAGCAGCGGGUGGAGAUGGAAGAGAAAGUCUCCAAGCGGAGCCUGGACAGUGCGAAGUCAGGACUUACCUCCUCCAGCUCCGGCCUCUUGCACCGGAAGCCUCCUGUCCUGUCCCCCAGCACUUCUGCAUCCUACAGCAAGGCAGUGAGUCCACCUCCCCUGUCUCCCAGGGCUUCACCUGUGUCUGUCCUCAAAGCUGAGGUUAUCCAAAAGAUGGAGGAGCCACCUGCACAGCCAGCCUACUCCUACCCUGCUACUCCCAUCUCCCACCCUUCUAGUCCGCCCCCUGCUUCUCCGCCCCCUGCCCCCGCCAUCCCUCCAAAGGAAGAGGAAGAGCCCGAGAGCGUGGAGAAGAAAGAGCUGGAGCUGGAGAAAGAGGCCUCCAGCCCGUACCAGGCGAUGUUCCCAGAUAUUCCAUCUGGAUAUCCAUUCGAAUCCCUCCCAGCCUCCUUCAGAAGACACUACCCAUACCUCCUCCAGCCAACCGCAGCAUCGGAUGCAGAUGGCUUGGCCCCCGAUGUGCCGCUGCCCACUGGGGACCCUGAGCAUCUGGCUCUUUCUCCCGAGGUCAAGCCUCUCCGCCUUUCCCCAUCCAAGAUCCUCAAACCCAUCCAGGCUGAGGAGGAAGAAGAGUCUUUGGAGGAACGGGUGAAAACCGAAGUGGAGAUGGACGAAAACCAAGAAAGCGGUCUGUGUGAGCAAGACAUAGAGGCUUUGGACAUGGCAACGUCUGUCACCCACCCUGUCCAGGAUGUGAACAGUUGCAACCUGCUGCUACACCAUGGCAAAACUCUGAGCAGUACGGAUCAUGAAGAAGAAUCUCUUCAGGACUGCCAGCCCACGUAUCCAGGGAUGCCUUGCUCUGCAGAAAUGGAGACCCAAGAGGAAGCUGCGAGUGACCCAGAAUCCUGUCCCGUCCACAUGGACUGUGAUGGGACCUUGUUGCACAGGGACAGCGAGCAGGCUGGGAUGGGCCUUGUGCCUCAGCCAGAGGAACCUCCUCUUGCCACAGAACUGCCUCACAUCCGCUCUCCCCAGGGAAGGGAAUUUCCUAGCAUGCCUCAGGAAGAGGAGGAGCCAACGUUGGAGGCGCCCUGCUAUGGGAAUGAGGCUGUAUCCUGCCAAGUCCUGCCCCUGGACAUCAAAAUGGAGGACCCCCUGGCUGGCAUGAAUGCCUUAGCGGCGGCGGCUGAACUGCCUCAGGCAUGUUCCUUGCUGGUGAGCGACGUGAUCGCACAAGAGGCCGUGGUGAACCUGGAAGUGUCUUCCAGCCUGUCGCCGGAGCACACCUUCCUGCAAGGGAUCACACUGCUAAGUGAAAUUGCAGAGUUGGAGCUGGAGAAGAGAAGGCAGGAAAAUCAAGGUCUGGAGAGUUUCCCAGUCCGACCAACCCUGGAGAGCCUCUUAGCUGCCAGCACCCAAAUGCUGAUGGAAGUCCUCUCAACCCCCUUUAUGGAUAGUCUGAAAAACAUUCGUCUGCCUAGAGAGCUGAAUCCCAACAAAACGUACAGCUGGAUGCACAAGAAAGAUGAACCAAUGUACUCCAUCAAAUCGGCCAUUGAGAACAUGGAUGCGAUGGAGCUGGACUACAGGAUGAGGCUGGCUGAGCUUCAGAGAAGGUAUAAGGAAAAGCAGAGGGAACUGGUGAAACUGCAGCGCCGGAGGGACUCUGAGGAAAAGCAUGACGAGAAAAGUAGAAGCUUGGCGCGACGAGGCCCAGGAAGGCCCAGGAAGAGGAAGCAUGGAUCGAGUGCCCUGUCGCCCCCUAAGGAGAGAGGGAAGAGUGACGGCAGGAGUGGAAAGCUGAGCAGAUCCCUGCUGCUCUCUGAAGACUCGGAAACAGGUGAAGGAACAAGGAAGAGGCACAGGGGUAUACUCCUUGACGAGGAAGAGGACAUGGUGAGCCGAAGUGAGAAGGCGAAAGCCAGGAACCGCAGUUGGGAUGAGCAAGACGUGUUGGCAAACUUUUCCAGUGAGUUAAAGAUUAAGAAGAAGAAGCUGGCUUCGGAUCAGGAGCAGCUGGUGAGCAAGCUUGACAAAGCCCUGUCUAUCACCAGGCACAAGUUGAAAUCCCCUUUUAAGUUUGCAGACAGCUCUGCUGGGAAGCAGAAAAAUGGCGGAGGCGGCGGCCCCAGAUACCUGUCGCCCCACGAGGCCUUGCUCAGCAAGGAUGAAAAGAAGAACCUGGCCAAAUCCCUGAGCUUCUCGCUGAAAGCCUCCAAAGAAGGUAAAAAUAAAAUGGCUGCCAAAGUGAAGAAGAUGGAGGUGGGGCUGAAAGUCAAGGGUCACCUGAAGGUUUCCAGUUCACCAGCAAUAUCUGAACUUAGCAGCUAUUCCUACAAUACAGACUCUGAAGAAGACGACGAAUCCUUGGAAGAUGAGUGGCCUCCUCAGUCUCCAUCCCGCUCCAGAAUGAGACCCCCUGGCCUCUACAGCGUGGUGGCCCCAAAGAGCAGCAGGCUCCCUGGAGGCCUCAAGAUGGCCAAGAAGGGCAUCACUGCCCCUAGAACUCUCAAAUCUAAGUUGGCUGGCAGCCGGAAGCCACAGUUUUGUUUGCUGCCCAGAGAGGCCGAAGCUGGAUCGUCGUUCAGUGAUUCAUCGGAGGACUCAUUUGAUCAAGAUUCUAGCUCGGAAGAGGAUGAGGAGGAAGAGGAAGAAGCGGAAGGCUAUAGAGUGGGUGGCCACGAGAGGCUUUCGCCCCCCACGCUGGAUGAGAGCGGCUUGGGGCUCCUUGCCAGGUUUGCUGCGAGCGCUCUGCCCAGCCCCCUCAUCCCACCAUCUCUUUCCAUUGUCCAGCUGGAGGCCAAGCAGAAGGCCAAGAAGAAGGAGGAGCGGCAGAGCCUGAUGGGGACGGAGUUCGAAUACACAGACUCUGAGAGUGAGGUGAAAAUCAGGAAAAAGUCUCCUUCUGGGCUGCUGCGUGGGAAGAAGGGGCUGCUAGAGCCCAGCAGUGCCGCACCUGCGCAGUCAGUCAGUUCCUGCGCCAUGGAAGCCACCUCAGCGGGGAGCUUAGACAAGGCUAAGAUGGCGUCCGAGAAAAGCCGGAAGCUGAAGAAGUUCAAGUCACCCAAAGACCUGAGCUUUGAGUUUGGUCUGGAGGCCAGUGACGACGACCUCUGGACCCGACGGCGGAGCGAGAGGAUCUUCCUCCACGAUGCCACCACGUCAUCGGCCGUCUUGCCCUCCACCACGCCAGCUAGCUCAAACCCUGUUUCCAAGGCUGGGCGCUGCGUGAAGGUGACGCCUCUGAGUCCCAAGAAAGACAGCAGCAAAGGGAAGGAGAAGAAAGAACUCGGCAAGAAGAAGAAGAAUAAAGAAGGCCCGUUCUGCUCUUCCUCCUCUUCCCUCUCUCCUCCGGCCAUCACUGGCUCCCCGCCUGACAUCCGUGCCAGCUUGUCAAACUCUCUGGGCUCCAGCAAGAAGAGCAAAGGCAAGGGCAAGACCAAAGAGGUGAAGAAAGAGAACCGAGGGAAAGGAGGGGCUGUCAGCAAGCUUAUGGAAAGCAUGGCUGCCGAGGAGGACUUCGAGCCCAAUCAGGACAGCAGCUUCUCGGAGGACGAGAAUGUGCCACUGAGCAUGCUCCUGGAAAGGCCGCUGACUCCAGCCCCCCGUUCCUGUAUCAUAGACAAGGAUGAGCUGAAGGAUGGCCUGCGGGUUCUCAUCCCCAUGGAUGACAAGCUGCUCUAUGCUGGGCAUGUGAAGACAGUCCACUCUCCUGACAUAUACCGGGUUGUUGUGGAAGGCGAGCGAGGAAAUCGCCCCCAUAUUUACUGUUUGGAACAGCUGCUACAGGAGGCCAUCAUCGAUGUGAAGCCCCCUUCGAUACGGUUCCUACCUGAAGGCACCAGGAUUGCCGCCUACUGGAGUCAACAGUACCGCUGCCUCUACCCAGGGACAGUUGUCCGAGGGGCCCAUGAUCAGGAGGAAGACGGGGAUUUGAUCACUGUGGAGUUUGAUGACGGCGACACUGGGCGGAUCCCUUUGUCUCACAUCCGACUUCUUCCGCCUGACUACAAGAUCCAGUGUGCGGAGCCCUCUCCUGCCCUCUUGGUGCCCAGUACAAAGCGCCGUAGCCGCAAGUCCAGUAAGGAUACUGGAGAAGGAAAAGAAGGAAGUGGGAUGGGAUCAGAGGAGCCAGCAGCAAAAGGGAAAGGUCGUGGGAGAAAACCAAGCAUCAAGCAGAAAGCUGAGGAAACGGUUGUAACAGAAGAGAAAAACCAGGGGGAAACACCAGCAAAUCCUUCCCUUGUGCCAGAGAAGUCGGUUGGCCUUAGCAAGCAGACUGUGAAAGGCUCAAGGAAAGCACAGCAGAUCCCAGCCAGGACCUCCCCAGCUCCAGUGGAAGACAAACAUCACAGUAAAGGCAGCAAGAUGAAGAUCUCCGCCAAGCUGCACAGUCCAGCCCCAACUGCCUUCCGGUCUCCAGUGUUCAGUAACGUCCGUGGGGGUGAACCGUACACUGAGAUGCCGGGCAUUCUAGGAGCCUUCAGCCCUUCGGAUGCCCCCUCUGGGAAAAUCAAGCCUAAGAAAGGGAAGUCCACUGAGGAGCUGCAAGAGUUUGGGUCGACGGCCAAGGCUCAGAGGAAGAUCCCAGACAGCGAGAUCCUGAUCAAGCUGGACCAUGAGGGAGUCAUGUCUCCAAAGACCAAGAAGACGAAGGAAGCCAUGCGGAUGCUGGGAGAUGCAAACCUGGCUGGCAGGAGGGAGACCAAGAAUGUCUUAGGGCUGAGCUACACUUCCAUCCCGAGCUCGGACAGCAAACAGAAAAGUUCCAAAAGCAAGGCAGCCAACGGAAAGCCCACCGCUCCUAAUUUUGGGGGCAAGUUCAGUGGCUCAGGAGAGAAUCCAGCCACCUCUAAAGAUCCAGACGAUAAAGCCCAACCGGCACCGGCAGGAGAUGAGUCUGAAAGCAACAGCAGCGGCAGCAGUUCAGAGUCGGAAGGCGAGGAGGAGACAGAGAAGAACGGCGGAGGAGCUCAAGACAGCAGCUCGGCCAGUUCGAGGGCUUCCACUCCCGUGUCUUCGUCCAACUCCUCCUCCUCCUCUUCCUCUAGCAGCAGCAGCUCUUCUUCAUCAUCAUCCUCCUCCUCCUCUUCCUCCACCUCCUCUUCCUCCAGCUCCAGCUCUUCCUCCUCCUCCUCCACCACCACCACCGACGAAGACUCCUCCUGCAGCUCGGAUGACGAGGCAGCCGGAUCCCAGCCGAGCACCUCUUCCAUCCAGCAGAGCCUGCCUGCCAAGCCAGCCAAGCAGGCCGGGAAGUCGCGUGCUGCUUCCCAUCCUCAAGGUCCAAAGCAGCAGCAGCAGCAAGCAGCACAGAAGCAGCAGCAGAGCGGGGGCAAGAACCGGCCCAAGAAGCGCGAGGGGAUCCACCUGCCCACCACCAAGGAGCUGGCCAAGCGGCAGAGGCUGCCUUCUGUAGAAAACAGACCCAAGAUCGCUGCCUUCCUGCCUGCCCGGCAGCUUUGGAAGUGGUUUGGGAAACCCACCCAGAGGCGUGGCAUGAAGGGGAAAGCCCGGAAGCUCUUCUACAAGGCUAUCGUCCGUGGGAAGGAGAUCAUCCGCAUUGGAGACUGUGCUGUCUUUUUGUCAGCUGGCCGACCCAACCUUCCCUACAUUGGUCGCAUCCAGAGCAUGUGGGAGUCCUGGGGGAACAACAUGGUUGUCAGAGUCAAAUGGUUUUACCACCCAGAAGAAACCAACCCUGGGAAAAAGCUCAAUGAGGGCAAGCGCUGGGAUCAGAAAUCGGGCAGAAGCCUAUCAACCGCUCUACAGGCUUCCAGCCAGAGGAAAGACUUCAUGGAGCGAGCGCUGUACCAGUCUUCUCAUGUGGACGAAAACGAUGUCCAGACAAUCUCGCACAAAUGUCUGGUGGUCGACUUGGAGCAAUACGAGCAGAUGCUGAAGACCAAGAAGUACCAGGACAGUGAAGACCUUUACUACCUAGCAGGGACAUACGAGCCCACCACCGGCAUGAUAUUCAGUACUGACGGUGUCCCUGUCAUCUGCUAACCACCUCCGGGAACGGAAUUCUGGGCGGCGUCCCACACUCCCACAGUGUUCAGAUUAAGACACACCUCCGCCCCAUGGAAGAAGGAGAUGAGAUGAAAAGUAUGUGCCUGUUUGUAACGACAGCAUGAUUGUUCUAAUGCUCGCACACAUUGUGACAGGGACAGGUUUUUUUUUAAAGGGGUCUCCCCCGCCAAGGGAUUUCCCAACAAUAGCUUGAGGUGAUGGAUUCAGUUGGUUGCUUGUCUCUUGCAGAAGGAAGGAAUGGGAGGCAUUUGAAAAUUAUGGACAUGGGCACCAAGGUUGUUUGCUGCUCCUUGAGAACUGGUGUUCCUUUCGGGGCACCGUGCAACUACAUCACAAGAACAGCAUUGAACAAGAGGCCUCUUCUCUCCCUUCGUUUCAGACCUUCAUAGGACAUUUCGAGAGGACAGCCUGUAGCCUUCAGGGUUCCCAUCCACCCUCCCUCAUUAACUUCACACUAAUUUGCAGGAAAGUACGAGGCUUGGAAGGAACCUGAGUGAAUGCUGGUGGGAACUUUUAAUGACCUCUCUGCCUCGUAGGCUUGCUCUCCAAUCUCCAGCGGGGAACUCUGGAGACCGCUCUGAAAGCCACAGCUGAGAAGGGUGUCACAAGGACAGAGUUGUUGACCGGCAUCCCUCCUGGCUUCCUGAGAGCUGAGCAGAUGGACAGAGAGCAGGCACUACGUUCUGCAAACAUGGACUCCUCUUUUUUGCCAAACCAACUAGAUCAGCAGUUGCCUCCCUGUCAUGUUUGGGAUUGUGAGGGACAGUUCCUUUAUUCUAAACAGAGCAAGGAUGUAGUCUUUUAACAAAAACACUUUCCUCAUGCAGGUUGAAUGUAAGUUGGUAAGUCCUGCUCAGAAAUACAGUUCCCUCUUUCCUCUACCAUUUCUUAGAGACAUACACAAAACAGUUUGAGAGGAAAAGCUGUGUCUUCAGAGCAUGCCAUCGGUUGUAUGCUGCUCCCGUUUGGGGAACUUAAGAAACACUUUUUUGGGCAUCGUCUGGACUCAGCAGACCAGGCUCCUGGGUGUUCAUAUGGAACAAAACUCUAGAACUGGGCUUCUAACCCUUUCCCAGCAACACUCGGAAAUGGCACUUGCAACAAUCUGCUUCUCAGUGGAGGUUGUCCACACUCGUUCUGUGUGUGCUCAAGUGGCAUGCAGGCUCCCUGAUCCCACCAGCUGACAUGUAUUCCGUGUGGGUAAUGCCAGGGUUCCCCACCUCCCCAAAAGCUUGUCAUCAAUCCAUCAAUCCUUCCUGGACAUUUCCUCCCACCCCACCAUGGGUCUGUCUGUAGCCCUUGCGCAUUGCCACUUGCUAUUUCAAGGCAGGGCAGGGGCCCAGAGGUGGACAAGGCUGACAAAAGAGAGGAGGUGGGGUGUGUGUGUGUGAAUUCAGGCACAUCCUUAGGCAGGGCAAAGGGGAGGAACAGACGAGAACUACACAACACAAUCCUUGCACUUAAAAACAACAAAACUCUUAUACACUACAAAGCCAAGACACCGUGAUGAUUUCUGGCCAGAACGGAGUGUACCAUUACAGCACUACAGGGGGGAGAUACCUUCACACGGACAGAUUUUUUUUUGUUUUAAACAUCUGCCACGGUACUAACUGAGUACUAAAGUGGUUUGCCAGUGGGAAAGGAGAGCAGUAACCCCUUUUUAGACCCCUUCACAACCUCCUUUUGAAAAACCACAGUGGUGCUGAUACAUACUGCCCACCUUCUCCGACUCUGGACCCACGGCUUCCGAAGACUUUGGUGGAUAACAUUUCUUUAAAAAAAAAAAAAAGACAAAAGCUUUGUACAGUUUUAAUGUACCAAAAGACUUGUCAAGCUCCCCUUUCCCCCUGUAUUAUAAACCUCUUUAAAGGAAAACACACACACACAAAACAAAGAAAAGCAAAGGAGGGGGGAAAAGCAAAAUGGAGUCAACUUUUUAAUUAUAAAUAUAAAAUAUAAAUAUAUAAAUAUAUAUAAAUAUAUAAACUUUUUUUAAAAAACUGUGAAAAAAUUAUGAAAUUAUAAAAAAGCAAACACAGUCUGACAUUUAGACUCUUUAUUUUUAAUUUCCUGUUGGAUUGUGACUGUAAAAACAAAAAGAAGAAAAAAGGACAGGGGAACAGAAAACCCACUCGCCCUUACAUCCAAACCGUGUACUGUAUUUGUAGAAGCAACUCACCUGAAGCAAAACAUUUAAAGAGACACAGAGAGAGAGAGAAUGUAUGCGAAUGUUAAAUAGAAAGCACUUAACUGCCCGCUGCCUUCUAUGGAACACAAUGAUUUUUUGCAGACAAUCGAGAGGAAAGGAGCCAGGUUUUUGUCCCCGCCCCCCGUUGUUUUAUGUUUUCAAUUCCCUCCCACCCACCCCACCCCCUUUUUUUGCAUUCUGUUUGUUGGCGAAUUAUGUGUGAUCCUUUUUCGUUAAAAAAAAAAAAUCAAUUGAAAAAAAAUCCUGCCUUG